UCGCUGACAAUACUGUUCAUGAAAAUGUCUGAUGCUGCUUACUCUGAGCGUCACACUUGUCCUUCACGUAUCAUGAAUCCAUUGCUUUCCGCUGUUAAAGUAUUUGGAGUGGACUUGUUCCAUCCGUGCUGUCAUCUAACUGCCUCUUCAACAACUUUCCUCUGGUAUACUCGAUGUAUAGAAGUAUUUUUAUGGUACAUUGUCAUUCAUUUAACAUUAAUCACCACAAUGGAUUCGGUUUAUUGUGGCAAAAUCAUUUAUUUAUUUCACACUUACGGGAAACAGGCAAUUUUUGUUAUAUUAAUCAUAUCGAUGUACGUCGCUUAUCAAUUCAGCGUGACGAAGAGAAGAAAAUUAUCGCUCCAUUUUCCUAAAAGCAGUUACGACGGAGAAGACCAAUUGGCAAUGGAAAUGGAAGCACACCUAAUUAAAAUACUGGUACUAUUUUAUUUCAACAUGAUAGCAACUUCUUUACUGUUGUUCACUGUUUGUUAUUCCCAUUUACUUACAAAUUCCAGUGAAAUGGAAGCAUUCUAUUGUACCUUUUCAUUGUCAAUAUGGGCCUUUUACGGUGUCGGUCAGAUAUCUUCGGUUCUCGCCGUAGCCGUCACGACUUCAGUAAUUUUGGAGAAAAGAUAUGUCGUGAUGACCUAUCAAUUGGCUGAAAGAAAAACCGACGACGUUUCGUUGAAUUCGUUUUUGGAACGUUUUAUAUACAAGCAUCUUGAAAUACAAAGAUUUUUCAUCAUUCUCAAUAAUCAAUGGGAUGUUCUCCUUCCGGCGAUCUAUGCUCAUUUCAUUUACGUGACAGGAUUUCUAUUGUAUGGCGCCAUAUUUGUUGAUAUGAUGCCGGUGUUGAAAAAUGCCACAAUAAUUAUAGCCAUGAUUCUCUUAAUCGGAUGUAUUGCAGUCUCUAGGGCAUUAUCGAUUCUAACUUCAAUUAUGUACGAUAAUUACAUUUCUGUGGGAAGAUUCUCUUCUAGUAAUCUGCCUUUGGAAUAUAAAUUUAAAAUUGUCGACUUUAUGAAAAAAUUUGGCGGAAGACCUUUCGGAAUAUGUAUAAAUGGAUUCUUCUUCGUCAAGAAAAAUUUUGUGAUUAGGGUGGGGAGUGGUCUUUAUUCGGUGUUAUCAUCCGUAAUUCAGAUAACCGGUGUUCUUGAACAAAAAAAAUGUUCAUCAAAAAGCAAACAAUUCGAUGUAUCGACGAAUAUGACAUCCCAUUAACUGUACUUUUUUAUAUUAACAGAGUUUGAUUGUCGACACGUAUUGCAUCUUUAGAGAUUCAUAGAACAUUCUUGACUCACGAUCUACCACUUUAGCAAAAACAUUUGCUUAUUACAUUUAAAAAUAUAAACGGAAUUGUGUUUAAUGCAUUGCUAAAGUUAUGAUUAGAUAUCAUUAAUUAAAUGUAGUGGAAAUUGAAGGAGUUUGAUAUGUUAGAAAUUUUCAGAAAAGAGCACUCGUUAGAUCAAUUUAGUUUGUGUUUGUCACACAAAGUUAAUUACUGCAUGUUGACUUCUGUGCUACUGCACCUUGAGCAGAGAAAUGCAAUAUUAUAUUCCACAAUAUUUGUUGUGUUUUAUAUUAA